AACCGCUAUUUUUGGGAGUCAAGGAUCUCGCUUACAUAAUGGCAAAUUUGCGCGCCUCCCGAUGUCCAUCCCGCGAAGUCGUGACAUCGCGGGCCUCUCCACCACUGCCCCACGCCGCCUCCAUCCCUUUUAAUCACUUCCUCUCUCUUCUUUUCCUUCGCUUCGUAUCUUUAUUUCCUAUAUGUACAUGCGAUGUUCACCGGUAACGGUAUCAAGAUUUUCACCGGUACCAGCCAUCCUGAGCUCGCUGAGAUCAUAACCCGACGGCUCGGUGUUCCUCUGAGUAAAGCUGAAGUCACGAAGAGCGGCAUCGGCGAGACCAAUGUCCGCAUCGCCGAGUCCGUCCGCGAAGAAGACGUGUACAUCAUCAACACAGGAUGCGGGCAGAUCAACACUGCCCUCAUGGAGCUCUGCAUCAUGGUGCACGCCUGCAAGAUCGCGAGCGCGAAGCGGAUCACCGCCAUCCUGCCUCUGUUCCCCUACGCCCGCCAGGACAAGAAGGACAAGAGCCGCGCGCCCAUCACUGCCAAGCUGGUCGCGAACAUGAUUCAAAAGUCCGGGUGUGACCAUGUUAUCACGAUGGAUCUGCACGCCUCGCAAAUUCAGGGAUUCUUCGACGUCCCAGUGGACAAGUACUUGUAUGCGGAGCCUUCAGUGAUCCAGUACAUCCGCAGCAACUUUGACCUGUCACGAAUCGUGAUUGUGUCUCCUGAUGCCGGCGGCGCUAAGCGGGCAACUUCGAUAGCAGACCGACUCGGGGUCGACUUCGCACUGUUCCACAAGGAGCGAAAGAAGGCGAAUGAAGUCUCGCGGAUGAUUCUGGUCGGGCACGUGAAGGGCAAGGUUGCUAUCCUCGUCGACGACAUGGCGGACACGUGCGGAACACUUUGCCUUGCAGCCCAUCACCUUGCCGAAGCAGGAACUGAACGAGUGUUUGGAUUCGUCACUCAUGGGAUUCUCAGCGGCAACGCCUUAAAGACUGUCGAGGAGAGCGUUCUGGAGAAACUGAUCGUUACCAACACGCUGCCGCAGCAAGAAAACUUGGCUAAGUGCAGUAAAAUCGAGGUGAUUGACAUCGGAACCGUACUUGCCGAGGUCAUUCGGAGAAGCCACUAUGGAGAGAGCAUAUCAAAGCUGUUUGAUGAGGUGCCGUAUUAGAAAGAGACAUUUGUUGGCA